AUGGUUGACCAAACCUUUUCCGAACCUCGUCCUCCAACUCCUCCACGGACGUCUUUCUCGUUGAACGGAGAUGUGUCCCAGUCUGCAGACGACUCAAUUGCAAUUGUGGCCCCUACAACUGCCCUCUCUCCCUCAGAUGCCUCUUCACCACCAUUGUCCAGCUCACGGUCGAAACGAGUCAACUUUUCACCCAUGGCAAGCUAUAUAAAACCUCCUGAGCUCACGGAUUACAGCACGAAGUCAUAUGUACGACUACGGUCUCUGCCACCUUCCUCCAGCCAGAGCGUGCCCGCCAAGUCGAUCCUUAAAUCCAAGACUGUGACAUCCGACAAUUUACACUCAGAUGAACUCCGCUCCAGUCCAUCCACCGACCUAUCAGGGAUGCUUAGCUCUAUUAUUGAGCAGCUGUCGGGGAGCUCUCAUCUUUUGCGGAGAGACGCCUACACCCAACUGGUCGGCAGCCUUUCGGCUUAUUGCGACCAACCUGAUUCAAACUCCAUUGUUGACAAUAUGGAUCUCUUUGUUGGCUGGAUCAAACGGGAUAUUAACACUACGCCUUCCUCUAACACUGACUCAGACUUCUCACUAUCUCACCAGGCUCUGAACCUACUGAAUAUGCUUGUAUUCAAACCCGAAACCUCCCCUCGAAUCCCAGAUGAUUUCAAAUCUUAUAUCCUCGAUCGUGCCAUAUCAUCGAUCCAGAACAACGCAACUCCCAAGAAUAUUGUUAUCGAUUAUAUGAGGCUACUCAGCAUACAAAACUUUUCACCCAAGAUUCUUACCAGCUCUAGAGUAACUCGGCUUUUAGAGACAAUUCGAGGCGGGCCAGAUCGGGUUGGAGGGAAGGCAGUGACCGCUCUACGUCUCAAUAUAUAUGAUCGAUUGUUUUCUCAGGCACGCUCUGUGUUCACCACACAUGCCAGCUUUUGGAUGGAUAACCUUAUCGCCGGUCUGUUACAUAAAGUCAAGGAUGUCAGGUUAAAAGCCAUCCAACUAGGCUUCCGAAUAACUGAUUCUUUGGGGCCGUGUACACCUGUUUUCAAGGCAAUCGAUGACGUCCUGAGUCUUCCCACGGAAAAGGGCAAAGACGCGAAAUUCGUGAAUGUGUUCUGUGAUCGCUUGACCAGCAUGAUUGCGAACCGAGAAACUAGCUCACACGUACCUCAGAUUUGGAGUGUCGUAACACUCCUUCUCCGUAGCCCUCGAUGGCUGAUAGAGAAAUGGACCCACUUCAAAUCGUGGAUGUUGGUUAUCCAACAGUGUUUCAAUUGCAGUGACCCUGCCGCCAACUCACAGGCUCUUCUUGCAUGGAAUCGUUUAGUGUACGUGGUACAAUUUAAUGAUAGUAACCGGAGUCAACUGGCCAAAUUUUUAUUCAAGCCCAUCGACUCUCAACUGGAGAGGAAGAAGGCCUCAAAGCGAGGUGUCCACACCGACCAGGCGUUUUCCAGCUAUUGCAACCUUCUUUACUAUUCCUUCAGACCAGGAACAUCAUUUGAACGCCUGGACUUGCACUGGGCGGAAUACAUCAUACCACCAAGCUCAAGAGUCUUGAAGUGGAGCUCAGGGAACGCAUUGGGACUUUGUCGGAUAUUGGCCAUGCUCCUAUGGAAUUCUCACCCCAAAGUUUGGGAUGAGAAAAAGGCUAUCGAGACUACAAAGGUUGAUCCUGAGGAUCUCCCCCGACUGGACUGCAAAUGGGUUCGUUCCAGGAUUUCCAAAAUUUUGCCAGUAUUUGAGACCUUGUUUGAUCUCUUUAUCGAGCAUGGUUCCCCUAUAGAAGAGUCUCCGGUUGGGCUAGCCUGGAUUCACUUAUCCCGAAGCCUUGCAGAUGCUUCUAGUAAGGAAAUCCAGCCUUCCGCGGAGACAAUGGAAGCUGUUGGUUCAAUACUCGAAAGUCUGCAGCGAAUCUGGAAGACUGGAAAAUGUUCCGUCUCCAGGGCUAAGGAUGGAAACAGCAUUUUCUUUAACCAAUUUCUUUUCCUCGUCAAAACCAUCAUACCUACAUUAGGGUCUGUUGCAUUUACGGAAAAGGUGCUACUAAAAUCCUCUUCGGAAACCUUCAGUAUAGCACAGACCCCUACACACCGACGUCCGCACCCCAACGGUGUUGUCAGAUCUCCCAUCCUGCAUCUUCUCCAACAUUUAUGCCUCUCCCCAUACUCCACUACUGGGCCUCGCUAUAAAGCCCUCCUCCGCGGUAUUAUUGAAACUGGUCUACAAGGCCGAACUUCCAGGAGCUCACGCCUGGAAAUCUUACGCCAGGUUACCGAAUUGUUACUUGGGCCCGCCAGUGAAACCCUCGAACUAAACCCUAGUUCCGUUGAGGAGGCCUGGAAGAGCAUUUCGUCUUUCGCCAAAGAUGUACUCGCAAAUACUAACAAUGACAUGAAUGCUAUGGGAAAAGAUGAAACUUCAUUCCGCGAUCAUGAUAAGGUUAUAAAGAUACUUGAAUAUGCCUCAAGAUAUGGCAUCAAUAGUUUCGAAUGGUCUUCAUUGUUUCGGUCAUUAGUGGCCGUGGUUCGCAAUGAAAAGGGCGAUAUCAACACGUCGUCGUUCAUUGAUGCCUUCACUAGCCGCCUACUGCGGGAUGACAUGUUGCCGAUAAGUUGUGCUGAGAUGCCUUUGUUUAUGGAGCCGGUCUCCUUUCCUCGAGAGGCAGCUGCCGAAGAGCAGCCUGCCAACUUAUUAAUGAACCUGAAGAGCGGCAAACUCAUCCAACCAUUUUGUGAUAAGCUCGUCACCCUGGCAAAUGACCUCCUUUUGCAUAUAUAUCAUACACAAUCAGAGACACUUAUCCCUGAUAUACCCGGAUUCCUUGACGCUGUUUCUCAAUGGCUUGAGCGGUGUCCUUUGAACUACCGCAUUACUUUACUUGAGAGGCUACAAAUGGGUAUUGCUCCAUGGUUAGCAGAUACAAGUAAAAAACUGACCACGGAGUCAGGCCUUGAUAAGGCUGUAUUGACUUCUGCUCGGGCUUUGAUUUCCACAACUCUUUGUAAUAUUAAAUCUCUCUGCAAUACCAACAGCGAGGCCCUAGAGCGACUAGAAUAUCUUAUAACAGCUGGAUUUGAAUCACACCAUAAAUCCAUUGUCAACAAGUUCAUCUCCAUGUGGAAUGCAUCCUUCGGCUUAGAAGAGAGCCUAGCAUACCCGCCAUCGUUGGAAUCAAUCCUGCGAAAACUGAACCCAUACGUCGAAAUUCAACUCCCUUCUUUCCCACAGCGUACAGGACUAAAGGUAUUCAGAGAAAUGGCAUUCAAUGCCAUAUCCCCGCCACCCGAAUACAUAAGCUCACAAGAAAAUGUGAGAACUCCAACGCCAACUAAGGGAUCCAGGAAAGAGGGUAGUAGACGUUCUUCCCAAUCUGCCACAGAUAGCAAUACCCGCAGCCGUAAGAGGAGGCUAGCACAAAGAAAUGGUACCUCUACGCCUAAACGGCCUCGUCAUGACGAUUCGCAGGUUCAAUUUGUUACCAUUGAGCCAGGUGAUUACUCCGCAGGGCCAUUAGAGUCGCAGGUCAUGACAGAAAACCAGAAAUCUGUUAGGGAAAGACAACAAAAGAAUACUACAAUCAUGUUCCCCGAGAUGAGCUCGUCCAGGCCAACAUCUAGACGAAAAUCUAUCGAAACUCUUGACAGCAAUGUCCCAACUCCAACUAUCCCACCAGAGGCACCAAACGUUGAAGAAGAAGUCCAGUCCUCUCCUACGCCGGCUAGUAGGAGUCCACUUACAUCGUUUAUAAGUCUGGAUUUAACUUCAAUCCCAUGGAGCUUUUCUACAAAUGAAGAUCCUCCUUCGUCCCCGCCGCAAACAGUACCCUCAUCUCAAGUAAUAGAGCCCACGGCCCAUGAGUCUACUGCUAAAAGCCCCAAUGAAAUUUCAAACACCCUUUCCGCAGAGCCCCCUCUACCUAACAAUGACGAUAAUACCCGCGCCCCCAAGCGGACCUCAAGGGCCAAAUCCGGCGGACAGAGGGACCGUAAUGGUGACGACAAGGGUGCUGAACUGGUCCCUGACUCGUUUAAUGAUCCCCUGCAAGAGCAGAUUGCUUCUCAACUGGAGCAAGACCUUGAAUUAUCAAUGGACCUUAGCGUAUCUGAUGCCAAACAGUCAAAGACAAAGAAUAAACUAGGAAGCCGAAGGAGAAAGAAGAACGGUGGCGGCACAGUUUCCAGUACAAAUCAGGUUGAGGUGCAUGUACCUGAGCUGCCUCAGAUUGUCGUUGACACCACGCCAAGUAUAGACAACUCGUUCACAAGUCAAAAGCGGUCUGUUAGAAAGAGAACUAGCCCUUGCCAGACGGAAGAAGCCAGCCAAGAGGCCAAUGAAAAUGACCAACCUGCGCCGAAGAAGAGGAGAUCCCUCCGUCUUCGUGGGCGGACGGUAGCCGAUGAGGAUGUUGAACCUGAGAGCGAGACUGGGGUAACUCAGCCCGUGCAAGCGACUGAAACUGCUCCAGGAGAGCCAGAAGCUGAGGGUGUAGCCAAAGACGAACCUGAAGCGCCUCGAACGCCUUCACGUACGGACUCGCCACCACACGGGCAGGCAACUUCGGGAUUGUCUAUACUCCAGUCCCUCAAAUCCAUCCUUGGCUCCCUAAGAAAUGUCUCGUUUGGACGCUCUACUCUUCGGGAGCUAGACGAUGUGAUGUUUGAUAUCAAGGUGGAGGCACAUAAUGCAUACAAGAGAGGCGAGUGA